CUUCACAACUCAAGCAGCUUCUUUCUGCGGAAUGCUCUGUUCCGGCCGCUACAAAAAUCAACCCGCAGGUGUCCGUCAUUGGCAGUUUACGGCGCAUGUUCAUGCGUCCCGGAUUCGCACAGUUGAUCCGCGACAGUCGCCAGGAUCAACCUGGGCAGAACACCGAUGAAGAUUUUGUUAUGACGGACAUCCAUCAUGGGACACAGUGGCAUGGCCUCGAGACGAACAUCCUACGUGAGGUUGGUGAGUUCGGAGCUGUGCGAGACCGAGCAAUGGAGGGAAGGAUGGUGAAGAAACUUACGGAGCAUCGUUACGGCUUACAUCUGACUAUGAAUACGGACUGGUAGGCUUUAAUUAUGCGCAUAUACUCAGCUAAUAUGUUUAUUAUCAGGAUGGGAAUCCUUGAGAACC